AUGUCUGAGGUCAGGAUAGACACCGAAAGCGCUUUCGACGUGCAAACACCGUUGCUCGAGAAGAAAAAGAUGGUUGUAGGAGUACCGCCGGUGUUUGAGAGCCUCACGAAGCAGCUCGACAAGAUUGUAGAGCAGCCACUACUCGGCCCGAAGACCAAGUUCCCCGCAGCUACGUUUGCGUUUGCGCGUAAAGAUGUGUCAGGCAGGCGGCUACCGCAGGCUAUUGCCCAUCGAGGGUACAUGGCCAAGCACCCCGAGAACACUAUGGCCUCGUUAAGAGGAGCGGUCGAGGCAGGCGCAGAUGCUCUUGAGACAGACAUUCAUCUGACGAAGGACGGUGUAGUCGUAUUGUCGCAUGACAGAAACUUGAGAAGAUGCUUUGGCAGGCCCGAAAAAGUUAUAGAUUGCGACUAUGAGUUUAUAAGCAAGCUGAGAACGCUGCAAGCACCUCAUGAGCCGAUGCCUCGUCUUAUUGAUUUGCUCGAAUAUCUUGCGCAACCUGGAUUGGAACAUAUCUGGGUAUUGCUCGAUAUCAAGCUCGAUAACGAUGCCGACGAUGUGAUGCGCUUGAUUGGUGAAACAAUCAAUAGCGUGCCUGCUGCUCCAUCCAGACCGUGGAGUAAGCGCAUUGUGCUUGGGUGCUGGGCAGCCAAAUUUCUUCCGCUAUGUUCGCGAUAUCUGCCCGGCUUCUCGAUUUCGCAUAUUGGCUUCUCAACACUCAUUGCGUCACAUUUCUUCAGUGUGCCGAACGUCUCGUCCAAUAUGGCCCAGGCCAUCCUCAUGACGCCAUGCGGCAAGAUGUUCAUUCGGCGAGCUCAGGGCGACGGUCGGCCCGUGUACGGAUGGACGGUGAACUCGGAGAGCCGGAUGCGUUGGGACAUACGGCAGGGCCUCGACGGCGUGGUGACGGACGACCCGAAGCUAUUUCUGGAGGUUCGGAGGUCAUGGCACGAGGGAACCAAGGACGGCGUGACGAUGUUGAUGUGGCUGGAUGUGCUGCGGUACAACUUCUUCUGCAUGAUCUAUACCUUCUUGUUCCAGUGUUAUUUUGGAUUUCAGGGCAAGUCGUUAGUCAGGAUAAGGGAAGAAGAGGAGGAGCAAUAG